CAGCAUCGCUCAGGGUUGCAGCAGAACAUCCCCCCUCCUCCGUCUUAUCCCCCCCCUUUCCAUCAUCCGCUCACGGUUUUUUAGGAGAAUCUUUUUACGCAUCAACCAUCCUCAUCCACCACACUCCAGAACUGUAGCGGAACCGUCUUUCUGCAGGCCAGUUGCAUGCAUUGUUCGUCUCCAAAAAUGGUUUGCGAGACUAAAAUCGUUGCGGAUGAGCACGACGCUAUACCUGGGACCAAAAAAGAGUCGAUGAUGUGGGGCUCCCCGGCGGCCCCCGGCGCCGAGCCCAAGGAUGUGCGGAGGGACGCGGUGUUUAUCCGCGAGUUCGAGCGCGGGGACCAGGACGAGGUGCUGCGCAUCUUCCACGAGGGGAUCAUGGAGCGGAUCCCCAACACGGCGUUCAGGGGGAUCUGGCAGCAGCCCAGGACCCAGUUUAUAUACGCCUUUCUGACAGUAAUGUGCUUUUACAUGACCAAAUCUGUCACGCUGACCUGCUGUGCGCCACUCAUUCUCAUGGGUGCGCGCUACUACUACAGCAGGAAAGUUAUCCAGAGUUAUUUGGAAUGCGCUCUGCACACGGACAUGGCUGACAUAGAGGCUUAUUACAUGAAACCCACAGGCUCCUGUUUCUGGGUGGCGGUUCUUGAUGGAUGUGUUGUGGGCAUUGUGGCAGCCCAGGGCCAAGAGGACGACAACACUGUGGAGUUGCGACGCAUGUCUGUGGACUCUCGCUACAGGGGCAAAGGUAUUGCAAAGGCCCUGGGCCGCCGUGUUCUAGAGUACGCCAUGCGCAACAACUAUGCCGCCGUGGUUCUUGGAACGACCGCCGUCAAGUUGGCCGCCCACAAGUUGUACGAGUCGCUGGGCUUCUGCAGGACGAGCCAGAGCGAGGACUACAGGCUACCUGGGAUGAGCCGCUCGCCGCUGGAGAGGCUCUUCUUCCAGAUCCGCCACAGCCGCUACCGCCUGCAGCUCCGUGAGGAGUGAGAGGUGAUGAGGAGAGAGAGAUGGAGGAGGGGGAGAUGGAGGGAGAGAGGGACAGAGAGAGCAAACACCCUCCUUCACCUUUGAACCCCAACUGCAUCCUCUCCUCUGACAGCUUUUAUUUAUUUUGUGUCAUUAUAGAUAUGUUUGAGUAACACUUUUUCAUGGUGAUGCCACUAAUGUGUUUUAUUGUUACAGAUUUUUGGCUAUUGUUUUUGUACACUGACUGAGUAUAUAUUUUUUCAGAUUCAUUAACCUAAUUUUUGGCCUUCUUAUCCCUCCCUCUCCACUGGAGAAAUAAAACAAUGUAUUUUGAGCAGAAAUUGAAAUGGGCUCCAAACCAAACACUGUCCAACCUUUGACCCUAGAUUAUGUGACCCCAGACCAACCGCUCCCCCUCACAAUUAUUAUAGUUAAUAAUAAAUAAAUUACAAUAAAUACUAGCAGCACAAUUCGGCGCAAUAAGUAAUUCGCAAUCUGCUGCACUGGAAGUGUUCGGACAGGACGGGAUGGUUCAGAUAUGGUUUCCUUGAGAGGGAAGUCAAACGAAAAAAGUCUUGGGUGUCAUUCACAAUCAUUGACAGCGCUGGUAAAGAUGUGUACAAAAGCGUUAAAAUGAAUGGUUCUUCAUACAAUCAGUGUAUAAACGGUGGAGACUUCCUCUAUAGUGCUUCACUAACAAAGUUUUGUAAGCCUGGCCAACAAGACAUCUUUAUUAAUUAACUAUGUCAAGACAACAGACAUCUGCCUUCGUUUAAAUGACAUGUUUUCUUGUCUUUCCCAUUCUGAGACUGACUAAGAGAAACGGGCCUCUGUGUCACUUCAUUUUAAACACCAUGAAAAAGGAAGUCUUUGAUUACUAAUGAAAAGUUUCUAAACAGCCUGAUAAACUAAACUACGUAAUAAGCAAUAUUGUAACUAAGUUCUUUAGUCACAUUAAUUUCAUAGGAGUUGUUGGUGAUUUUCUUUUAAAAACAAUUACUUCAUACCAUUAAAGGUGUUUUUCACACGUCUUUACCGGGGGUGCCAGCAAGUUUGUUACACCUUCCUACUUUGUGUGUUUAUUGCGUACAGACUAAUGUAACGCACACACUCAGAGCGAAGUCAUUUGACAGCUGGCCUGUCUCAAGAAACCAUAUUGAAGCACAGUGAGAGCAGAUUCCCGCAGUGAGAUUUAAAGACAACAGGAUGCUCACCAGAAAAUGUUUGGUGCAUCCUGUACACACUGAUCAACGCGGUGAAUGGUUCCUAAGCAUUAAUCUCUGUGAUCCUUUCAAACAAAUUGCUAAACUUGGUCUCCAUUUGUUUUUAACUUAUUUAAUCGAUUAACUCAUUUUAUCUCUCUGGAGCUAUGGAUGGGUUUCAGCUUUAUGGUGAAGGGAGGGUGGAGCUUUCUCGCUCAGAGCUUGUGUGUACGUGUGAUUAUUGGGAGCUUGUCAUGGCAUAUGUAUGUGGAUUCACAAGGCAAGGUUUACGUUACACCAAGCCUCUAGAGUGUUUGUGAUAUAUUUUAUUUUUUUGGCUAAAAAUCAACUAUUAGCUAACUUAAACUACUUUAUAUGCGUGCUAAUAAAUUGUUUGCUGAUUAAAUCGAGUUAAAGUCUUACAUUUUAAAUACGUUAACAGCCUAAUUAAAAAACUUUUAAUUUUCUAACUUUAACAAAGUACCAUGUUUAAAUAUGCAAAUUAUACUGUCAAAACUACGACAAUGACUAAGUAGCUGCAGUCUACACUUAAUACAUUCAGGUAAUUGGGUAAAACAUGACUACUAGCAAUACUUACAUGACUGAGCACAAAUUACAAACCAGUAUUGGAACCCAUGUAUUGGCAUGAGCAUCGCUUCUGUUCUGUGUGUUUUUACUGUGUAUAGAGCUGAAAACUCAUGUAGCAAAUGUCGAAGUUUCUCUCGUUCCUGCUUACUCCGACCAAACAACCAGCUGCAGAUUCAGGAAUCCAUGACUCUGAGCCUAAGUUGUGUCAUCAGACCAUUAUACAAUGUCAAACGUACGGCAAAACGUAACAAAAAAAAAAGCACAUAAGCAGAAAAAUGGGGGGAAAAACAUGAACAUAAUUGUCACAAAUCAGCACCAUACCUCACUUUCCUUUACCCUCCUUUCCAUUCAUGAACCUGCAACCCUGGGCUGGACCAAAUAGCCCAUAAUCCUAUGUACUCUAAGAUACCACCCAUAACCUUCCUAUCUCUGCAUGUGGCCCCCCCUAAUCUUGCUGCAAAGCUUUAAUCACUUCAUUUGAAACCGGUAGGACCAGUCCAAUAAACGGUCCCUAAUCAGAAUUCAGUGUGACGCUGCCUGUGCAGCUACGGGACCGACUGGCGUCGGAUCACACACGAUGUAUGGUUAUGUGUGCAUGGGUGCGAUGCGCAGGAAUCGGACACUGAGAAUGACAGAUGUGGGAGUGUGUGUGGUUAAGAGUUGGUGAGAUAUAUAGAUAAUGCUUACCAACAGCAGCGCUGCCUGGACAUCAUUAUGCCCGCCAGCUCACCAACCGUAGAAUGCAAACAACAAUGCAAGUGUGGCAUGCCUCUGUACCCGCUGUGUGUCCGGCGCCUGCCCUGGAAAUGCAUAGGAGAAAAAAAAACAUAUGUACUAUAUUAAAUAUAUAUAUAUAAAUAUAUAAAAUAAGAAAAAAUACGCUUUUCUUAGGACAAAUAUAUGAAAUAAAUAUGUGUUUCUUUAAAAAAAAUGAAUUGUAAAAUUUGCAUGAAAUGUGUCUUUGAAUGCAAAUAUAACUUUAAGGGGAGGAACUUUGACCACAUGGCUAACAGUUAAAGGAAAAAACUUGUUUAGAUUAUUUUAGAUGUACAAAAUUAUCAGUAAUCAUUAUUAUCAGCCACAAGCAAGUACUAAAAAUCUUUCUAAGGGAGACAAAACUUACAUUGAAGCUGGAUCCCACAUCUGAAGAAAAAUUAAGCAACUAUUCAGAGUGUAUCUUUCCCUUUCUGAGGGAGAAGAAAGUUUGUUUCCUUCAUCUUUCUUCUGUUAGACCAGUUUUAAAACUUUUAGAAGGCAUUGAACCAUGGUGCAAAAAGCACAAUUUACAGAAACCUGUAGGUGUUUACAAAACUUGAUGCACCAGGGGACCAAAGUAAAAACUGUACUUCAGGUUCAGAGUAUUUACCUGUUUACCUUAGGCAUGGGCCAGUAUGAGAUUCUCAGGUUAUAACCUUAAGUAAAAAUACCAUGUUUUCACUGCAUCACAGUGUUUACACAAAAUAAUUAAAACUACAUGUUUCCAAUGAUUUAAUUGCUUUAUUUACAUCAGAAAUGCGACCAGCAUUCUGACUGCUGCGGAAAUGAUUUAUAUCGAUUAUUACAGUUAUAUGAUUUGUAGACUUAAGCACAGAAUACACAAAAAACACCUGCGAAAUUAAGCAGCAGUUUUUAAGUGCUUAUUGCAUGGAAAGCUAUACCUGAUUUUAGCUGGUUAAUUGGUCAGGCUACCUGCUCCGGUAGAGCAGACUGUCGGCUGCGUAACAGAGACUAUUUGUAGUUUACUAACUGCAGUUUUAAAGCAGCGUUACCUAAUAAGACUAUCACUGUCCAGAAACAUUUCUAAACACACAGUUCUCUUACUUGUCAGCCAGGGGGAAAGGAUAGGAUUCAUAAAACUGUCCAGCAGUGCUAAGCCACAGGUUUGGGAGGGGCAUUGUUACAUUACUCUAUUCGCCAAACAGCUGGAGAGAACAACGGUUGCUCCAGAACCUUCUCUGGGAUCUCCUUAAAAUGACUUUAAACCCUCGUAACAGUAUGAAGGAAAGAUUUAGCUAUUUUAAAAUUGUAACUUUUUAAAACCUUGGUAUACCCUAGAUACCUGUAACUGGCCCAUGCCUACAUUGCAGGUAGUUUGGAAUUAUACAGCAUUUCCACAAUAUUUGUUUGCAUUAUAUCAACAGUGGACAGAAAGCUGACUUUAGUUUGCUCUCGAAAGGGUUUUUUUCUCAGUAAACCCCCCUUUUUUGUUCAAGCCAUGUGAAAUGAAACACACAACCACACACUGUUUUCUCACACUCUUUGACCAAUAGCCUCCUGAUUUCACACUGUACUCCUGUUUUAGCAAACUAAUAAGACGACAGGCAACAUGUUAGAGCGACAGCUCAGUUUGAGAAUCACAAUAAUUGGACUGUGCCAUUUUACAACUCUGGUGUCACAAGAGUGAGAAGUUAGUGGUGCUGGCAGAAGAUUUCCUCGCAGAAACAUGUUAGACAUCUUACUUUGAUGCAGAUGAAGAGGGUCUUUCAGAUCCUGCGGGAAGACGGUGAAAUGUGUCAGUUCUGCUGCUGCCAUUUUACCCAGAUUUAGAGGUUCUUUUACACAUUCUGCAAGAAAUCAUUAAUGCUGACAAACACAUAUGGCAAAGGAAGGUAACAUCAUUCAAAAUGCUUUUGCCAAGGCCUUAUGCACUGGAAUCAAACAUGUGGACUGCAUGGCUUAAACUAGUUUAAGGGUAAAUGUUGAUUCCUAAAGACGAAGUGCACUGACUGUACUAUAAUGCAUUUACUUGUGGUCUGAGCAAUGUUAUGUUUUCUACUUCACGUGAAUGCUUUGCCCUGUGAAGUCUUACCUCUUUUGAAGACUUGGUCUUGCAUAUCUAAUGUUAGAAUGUAGUGACUUGUAUUGUAUUAAACAUCAGUGUCAGCUAACACACACUGUACAUUUAGUUAUGCACCAUCCUUUCAAAUAUUCUGCUGAUGUACAAUCCAAAAAAACUCUUAUGUUGAUUGUUUUUUUUUUGUCUGAGUGAGUGUGCGUUCCUUAUGAGGCUGAAGUUUAAAGCGGGAUGUCUCUGUUGGAGAAGCUGAGGGAGAAUAUUUCUUUUCUGGGGUUUGUUUAAGCGGCCACAAUAAGUUUAAAAGUGAUAAUGGAAGGAAUAUCUGUACUUGUGAUCUGUUUUCUUUCGGUUUAUUAAUGAGGAAAGAAGCUCAUAUUGUAAUCUGCACAAAUGUACGGACUCUGUGAGUGUGGCAUUCUUAAGCAACAGCAUUGCGAUCGGACACUUGCAGGCAGGAAUGUAAACUGCUGAUGUUUUGUCUUAAAUCUUUGCUGAUUGCCAUUUUUCUUUUUUUUACUUUCUGAAUGAAAAGAGUUGUUGUUGGUUUAGAGCAUCUGAUGGUUCUUUGAAUGAUUUACUCAACCACCCUAAUAAUUAUUUAGCAUUUUGAGUGAUUGUAAAUAGCUGUAUCUUCAACUGCUUUUUUAUCAUUAGUUACCUGUCAGCCUUGCUGGUUUGGACAGAUCCAGAUGAGUUUGUGACAGAAAAAGUGAGUCACCAGAAACGCUCCACCUGACGAAGAGGACGAUGAGAGGAAUGUGCCAACCUUGGCAGUCAAAAGAGGGGGCUUUGUGGGGCUCAGCACUGACUCCCCUUCUCUCUCUGCAGCUAUGGAGGACUUUGGACUCUGGACUGAGGCCACACGGUCCAAGAACGCAUAAGCACUUGUAGCACAACUUUGUCCUGUUUUGCUAUUACUGUACAGUACUGAUUGUUUGGCUAUUUCUCUUCCAUCUUAAUAUUUCCCUUGAAGAUUAAGGAUGAUGUCUCUCCUGUAUCAUCAGCCGCAUGUAUGAUAAGCAGAUAAAUGCAGGGCUAUGCAGGCUAUUACUUUUUGUGGAGGAAAAAAAUUGCCAAAGGUGAUAUUACUGUGCCGUACAAAAAGUAUUAAGACUCCUUGAACUUUUCUAGGUUUUGUAACUUCACACACCCAAUCUUUGUUGUUUUCCAGUGGUAUUUUGUUUGAUAGAUCUCCACUAAGAAGUGCAUAUUUGAGAAGUUAAAGGAACAAUACAUUGUUUUCUAAAUGUUAUAUAUUUUGUUUUACAAACCUGUGUGUUGUCUAUUUAUAUUCAGCCCCCUGACUCAAUACUUGAAAAAAAAAAAAAAACUACUUUUAUUGUAAUUAUCACUACAAGUCUUUUGGGGGUAUGUCUCUGCCAGCUUUGCAAAUCUACAGACUGAUUUCUUUCCUAUUUAUUUAUUUAUUUUUGGCAAAAUAGACCCAGCUAUGUCAGAUUAAAUGGAGAACAUUUGUCAGCAGUCAUUCUUAAGUCCUGCCUCAGAUUCUCAAUUGGAUUUAAGUCUAGACUUUGACCUUCACUGGCUGUGCAGGGUCUUCAUCCUGCUGAAAGGUGAAGUUCAACCCAAGUCUCAAGUGUGCAACCUCUAAAAAUUCAUAUCCUCAUUAUUGUCCUCUAUUUAGCUCCAUCCAGCUUCCCUGUUCCUCCUUAAGAAAAGCAACCCCACAGCAUCAUGCUGCCACCACCAUGUUUGACCAUGGGGACAAUGUUUUGUGUGCUGGCAAAGCCCCCCCCCCCCCCCCCCCCCCCCAAAAAAAAAACCUGAUCUUCUUCUGACCCGUGCAGUUGUAACCAAAGGUGUUCUUUGGUCUUCAUGAUGCUUUUCAUUCUCAAAUAACCUUCUGAGGCCUUAACAGAACAGUUUUAUUUAUUCUGAGAGUAGUGUAAACAGAUUGACUUUAUUUACCAGUAUUAGAGGAAAGGGGGCAGAAUACAAAUGCACGCCACACUUUUCAGAUUAAUGCGAUUUUGCGUUGAUCUAUCACAUAAACUCCUUUUAAGAUCCAUUGAAGCUUGUGGUUGUAACAUUACAAAAUGUAGAAAAUUCUGUCGUACACAAUUUCAAAAUUGUGGGAUUUUUUUGUUGUUUUGUGUUGUUUUUGGAAAGAAUUCCUGCCCAUGUGCCAUCUAAUCAAGCAAUAAGUGCAACCAGACAAAACCUGAAAGUAAUGACAUAUUACACAGAUUUUACUAAAAUAGAUGAAAUGCUGCAUUCACAUCACACCCAUUACGAUGGCACAGAUGCCAGCAGUCUAUUGGUAACGAGGACUCAUUAAAUCAGCCUGAAGGGAAGAUUGUAAAGUGUUAUUCUUGUUUUGUAUUUUUUUUUUUUACUCAAAGCUGAAGUGCACAGGUGUACCUCUGAAUAAUUGUAAAGAUGCCAAAUAGAAACGACAGGAGAGGGAUGAUGGAUGCUAAAGAGCAAACAGUUCCAGCAGACAGGAGCAACAAACGGUGCAGCUGCUCUGAAAGUGUUCUCUGCCGUAUACACCUCUUAACUCAGCUCUGAUACUCCCGGUUAAUUCACCCCACCAAAACAUCUGAACAACCGUCAACCAUGCAGAUGUUUACCACAAGUGAGAAUAUAAGUAUUUCUUUAAAUCUCCUUGUUAGUAACUGUAAAGCUGUAAAGUAUACUUCAAUGUAAAUAGCACUUUUGGUCAUUUUUACACUUUUUAUAACUGUGAAUAAGGAUUUAAAAUUUAUAGAAAAAUAUAUUUACAAAAUGGUUUCCGAGCCUCAACAGGGGUGCAAGUAGUACCUCACUGCAACCCCAUAUUAAGCAGACACUUUCAGAUGCAGCAGUAUGCGCCAUUUUAGCCCUGGCCCUUUAAAGCAGUCUUUGUCCCACGCUGAUGGUGGUCAGGGCACGGCCUUCUCUCCUCAUGCCUGUCUGCUUGAACUCUGCAGACGAGUGUCAGAGCGCUGCAGCAGCGUUGUGACCUUGUACCGAGCCGUGUAGCUACAUGAAGCUGCUGUGAUGCAAAUGCUCUCUGUGCCCCGGAGGGCUGUCUUGGCUGUUGUCUGUUACCAGGAAACCAAGCCGUACAAAGCACAGCAGGGGGACAGAUCCAAAGCCACACUGUGGGAAAGCAGGCCGGUCAGCUAUAGGAGGCCAUCAUAGAAGCAGGCUAGGCAGAUAGAAGGUGCUAAAAGGGGACCUUUUCCCCAACUGUUUUAAGGUUGAAAACACAGACAGAAGGGAAGGGACUAAACACCUUCAGGGAAGCAAAUGAUUGAGGAAAGUAGGGUAAAAACUACAGUCAGCGAUACCUCGACUAUCGCUCGCAUGUAAAGCGCCAAGCAAGGCAAGGCACUUAAACAAUAUGAAGGCACAGUUGGUUCAAUCAGUCUGCCAUAACCUCAGUGAGAAUGCAAUGGAAACUUGUUUUUUCUCGGGGUCUGUUAGCCUUCAGCUCCCUUUGCGUCAUCCCUUUGACAGAAUGCUGUAUUAUCACCCCAGAACUGCUAUUAUUAUUGUGACUUUACACCAUUUAUUUUAUACUGACAACUGGGACACUGUAUAGAUGUAAAGAUUGACUGAACGAUGACUGAAACAUGGGUGUACAUAUGCUGUAUCGAUUAAAGACAAUGCAUUGA